CCGCCCAUGGCGCUGGCUUCCCGGGGCUGGCCGGCGCGGCCCGCACCAUGGCCGGGCUACUGGCACUGCUGGGCCCCUCGCGCACGGUGGGCGCCCGGGUCUGGCCUCGGGCCGCCUGGCUCCCGGGCGCCGGCCCCUGUGCCCCGCCGCCGCCGUGUGUGAGGCUGCUCCGACCCGGACCUGCUGCCCGGCUGCUCUGCUCCGCCCGCGGGGACCACCGCAGCCGCCAGGACGCGGGUGGCCCUGAGAGGAAGCCCAGCAGGUCCCAGCAGCUGAAGCAGCUGUUCCAGGAGUACGGGGCGGUGGGCGUGGGGCUGCACAUCGGCGUCUCGCUGGCCUCCCUGGGCGUCUUCUACACGGUGGUGUCCAGCGGCGUGGACAUGUCGGCGGUGCUGCUCAGGCUCGGGUUCCAGGAGUCCCUGGUGCAGUCGAAGAUGGCGGCGGGCACCAGCACCUUCGUGGUGGCCUACGCCAUCCACAAGCUCUUCGCGCCCGUGAGGAUCAGCAUCACCCUGGUGUCCGCGCCCCUGCUCGUGCGCUACUUCCGGAAAGUGGGAUUCUUCAAGCCCCCGGCCAAGCCCUGACCGCCUGGGGCCGGCCUGGUGGUGGGGGGUGGUGCAGGGAGAGGGGUUUCGAGCUUCACUUGCCCGGUCCUCCUGGAGAGGUCUGACCCUGACCGGCAAAAUUCAGAUUUUUUUUUUUUUCUCUCUCCUGAAACCAUCGCACUUCCAGGUUUCGUUCCUGCGCCUCUCCUGGGCCUUGUAUCCGUAAUCUGAAUUGUCAGCUGCAGGUCACAGAUGUCAUGUCAAGCAACGCUGUUGCCUAGGAACCGAUGACGCAGAGGUUGGGGUGGGGGGGGUCCUCUGCAGAAGCCCCUGGGGUUUCAUCUUUGCUCCAGUCCUUACAGGGCAACAAUUCAUUACGCUUUUCUGCGAAUUCCCACUCCUGCAUUAUUCGCCAGGCCGCCUGCAGCUUCAUUUGCAAUAUUCCGUACAGCUGCUGCCGGUCCAAUUAAUGAAGCAGAAGUUAAUAAUAUGUGAUCAGGAUCUAAUUAAGCGUCAGCCUUUUGCUGUUCAUUACUUUUGUUUGGGGCGGGGGGAGAGAAACCAGCUCUCGCUGUUUCCUUGGUCCCCAAGCCCCUUUAGAGAGGACAGGCUGGCGUCUGCACCCCGGGUGGCACUUCUCCAGCUUCCACUGACAUUGGUCAGGAUCGCUGGUACCCGCUGGGUAGCACCCAGGCCUUUGCCCGGAAGGAACACCCCCGUCAUCCGGGGCCUGGCGUCACGGCAUCUGUGGCUGCUUCUCGUGUGGACAGUGGGGGUGAUCUUUGCUUUACUGACCCCGUUUCUCAAACUUCCAACAUUCCCAGAAGACGGUGACGUGUUUGCGCUGCGUUGCUCACUCUUGUUGGGUGGAGUCAUGCUCAGGAACAGGUGCUGUAACGAGAAGGGGUGUCGGUAGCGCUCGCUGGACGUGGAAUGCUGCUCGGAAAGGACAGGUGGGGGGCGGGCAUGGGGUCUGUGACCUUCUCACCGUCAGGGACAGGAGAAGCCCCAGGUCAGGCCUGCGGCUCAGGAGCAGAGCACAAGCCUCGCCUGUGCGCCGUCCCUGGCACCCAAAAAACUUUUUAAAAAAUUAUUAUUUUCCGGAGCCGGGGAUAUGGCGGUGGCUGGGUUUGUUCCCCACGCUGCCAAAAAAAAAGAAAAGCACACAGCCCAAAGUCUGUACUUUGUCCUUGAAACGCGCGUCUCCUCUUGGCUUGCACUCCCUGCAGAGCUGGGGUGGAGCUCUGGGACGCCAGGAAUCGGGCCGGCCUGCCUCAGUUUCUCUUUCUGGCAGUUUUUUUUUUUUUCCCCUUUCACCACAUCUCGGAUAAUCAAAGCUGCAGACCGUGACUUGACCCCGCUGCUGUCCUGGGGCUGGCGAUUCUCUCCAUUAGUUUAGUGAGUAAUUUGGUGGGGCUGGAGACAGGGCCCGGGCUCCAGCUCCAGUGCUCUCUGCCCCGUGCAGGGACCCCCACGCGCAGCUAGGAAGAGCCAGGCACACACUAAAGAGCCUGUAGUGGACCCUUGCUCUGGCUCGAGAAGGGUCUUCCAGGCGAACCCGCGCCUUCCCUCAGCCGGCCCGUCGCACAGGGUCUCGGAGGCUUUCUCAUGCUGGCGUGAGCCCCCGCCAGCACUGGCCCCGUCUCCGAAGGGCCUUCUAAGACAGACCCGGCCCUUCUGGUCCCUAGAAAUUCCUAUGCAAAAACAAAUAGCCGCUCCUGCAGGUUCAGGGCCCUCGCUCUGGGCGGUUCAUCCUUGGGGAGGAACGGGAGCGGGAUGGCAGGACAAGCAAUAACUUGAACCCUGGACAGCCAUAGCGUCUCCCGAGCUCCCCCGAUGCAGGCAGAGGCACUGCAGAGGGUGGGCCGCGGAUCAGGGAACCGACUUUCUAUGUGAAUUCACCAGCAAGGUGUACAGAGCGUUUGUACUCGCGAUGUUUGUACUGGCCGAGGGGAGUAAGCCCGACUAUUUUAGAAAGAUGAGCCAAGGGCCUCCUCAUUUUUCUACCUUCCAGAACGAGCCGCUUGAAUUCAAUAAACGUCUUUAUAAAACCUA